AUGGAACAUGAAGAAGAAGGAAGUGGUUUGAAUUUGAAGCCAAUGGACGCUGAGCAGUUGAGAGAGCAAGCUCAUAUAAUGGUUGAUUUCAUUGCUGAUUACUACAAAACUAUCCAAAAUUUCCCAGUUCUAAGCCAAGUUCAGCCAGGUUAUCUUGGAAAGCUUCUACCAGAUUCUGCUCCUACUUAUCCCGAAUCAUUGCAACAUGUUUUGAAUGAUGUACAGGAAAAGAUACUACCGGGGGUGACGCAUUGGCAAAGUCCUAAUUAUUUUGCAUAUUUUCCUGCCAAUAGCAGCAUUGCUGGUUUUUUAGGAGAGAUGCUUAGUGCUGCUCUCAAUAUUGUCGGUUUCAGCUGGAUAUCUUCUCCCGCUGCAACUGAACUCGAGACCAUUGUUCUCGACUGGCUAGCCAAGGCUCUCCUUCUGCCUCAUCAUUUCUUUUCAACUGGGCAAGGGGGUGGAGUUAUACAGGGUACAGCUAGUGAAGCUGUGCUUGUUGUAUUGUUGGCUGCCCGUGACAAGAUCCUUCGGACACUUGGAAGAACUGCCCUUCCUAAGCUUGUAGCAUAUGGAUCUGACCAAACACACUCCUCUUUACAAAAAGCUUGCCAGAUAGGAGGAAUUGAUCCACAGCUUUGUAGGUUGCUUAAAACCGAUUCUUCCACAAAUUUUGCGCUUGCCCCUGAUGUACUUUCAGAAGCAAUUUCAAAUGACAUUGCCAGUGGUCUUAUACCUUUUUUCUUAUGCGCUAACGUUGGUACUACUUCAUCAACAGCUGUUGAUCCUCUACCUGCAUUGGCGAAAGUCACAAGGACCAACAACAUUUGGUUUCAUGUGGAUGCAGCUUAUGCUGGAAGUGCUUGUAUAUGUCCAGAAUACCGCCACUUCAUUGAUGGGGUUGAAGAAGUUGAUUCAUUUAACAUGAAUGCACAUAAAUGGUUCCUUACUAACUUUGAUUGUUCCCUACUUUGGGUUAAGGAGAGGAGUGCUCUGAUUCAGUCGCUGUCUACAAAUCCCGAAUUUCUGAAAAAUAAGGCCUCUGAAGGAAACACGGUUAUAGAUUACAAAGACUGGCAAAUUCCUCUUGGGCGUCGCUUUAGAUCAUUAAAACUUUGGAUGGUGUUGCGACUCUAUGGAUUGGAAGGCCUGCAAACUCACAUAAGAAACCAUAUUGCAAUGGCAGCUUAUUUUGAGGAACUUGUUGUUCAAGACACAAGAUUCAAGGUUGUUGCGCCUCGAACAUUCUCUUUAGUUUGCUUUCGGCUUUUGCCUCCCCGAAACUCUGAAGAUAAUGGCAAUAAACUGAACCGUGAUCUACUCGACUUAGUAAACUCAACAGGAGGUGUUUUCAUAACACAUACGGCUCUAUCAGGUGAGUACAUUCUACGUUUUGCAGUAGGAGCACCGUUGACAGAAGUGAGGCACGUCAAAGCUGCGUGGCAGAUUUUGCAAGAAAAAGCCACUGCUCUAUUAGAGAGUUUAUAG